AAUUCCUAGUUUCCUACUUUGCCAAUUGCCAGUUUGCCACCCCAACCCCAAGGGCUCAUUAAUCCACACUAUACUCUCCAUUAUAUGCAGUUAUGCACAACACUACACUACACAGACACCUCUCUCUCUCUCUCUCUCUCUCUCUCUCUCUCUCUCUCAUAUUCACUCACUCUCACUGUCACAGCUUUCACAGAUUUAGCCAAACACAAGUAGUCCUCUCUCCCUCUCUGUAACACCGAAACCCAACCUUCCAUUCAACAUUUUUCAGCGUCUUUCUCUCUCUCUCUCUCUCUCAUGCAUUCAUGAGUUGCGUCUUCAGAGCCCAUUCAGCUCUGGGGGCGGUGCCGGCCGGGAAAACCUUCAAUCUUUCUUCCGAUUCCAGCUUUACUUACAAUCAUUCAUAUUCAUGGGUUGUUUGGUAUCUCAGCUGGCGGCCAAGUUCGCCUUCUUUCCGCCGUCUCCGGCCACCUACCAGGUCAAGAAGCGCGACGACGGCCGCCUCGUCGCCGUCUCCACCGCCUCCUCCAUGCCCAUCUCCGGCGCCGCCGACGACCCUUCUUUGGAUGUGCUCCUUCUGGACACCAAAAGAGGCAACAAGAUCGUUGCUUAUUACCUCAAGAACCCAUACGCUAGGCUCACUAUGCUAUACUCUCACGGCAAUGCGGCUGAUCUCGGCCAGCUCUAUGACUUGUUUCUUCAGCUUAAAGCUAAUCUCCGAGUCAACCUUAUGGGGUAUGACUAUUCUGGUUAUGGAGCUUCUAAUGGGAAGCCAAGUGAGUUCGAUACAUAUGCUGAUAUCGAGGCAGUAUAUCAAUGCCUUCAAACUGAAUAUGGUGUUAGCCAGGAAGAUCUGAUUUUGUAUGGACAGUCUGUUGGAAGUGGCCCGACAUUGCACUUGGCAGCUCGAUUGCCAAGGCUGAGAGGCGUAGUUUUGCAUAGUGGCAUUCUUUCUGGUCUUCGUGUGCUCUGUCAUGUGAAGUUUGCGUUUUGCUGCGACAUUUACAAGAAUGUAAACAAGAUUCGGAAGGUGAAAUCCCCUGUGCUUGUAAUACAUGGCACGGAAGAUGAUGUGGUAAACUGGUUGCAUGGUGAGAGACUAUGCAAAAUGGCUAGGGAUGCGUACGAGCCCUUGUGGAUUAAGGGAGGAGGGCACUGCAACUUAGAGCUUUACCCCGACUAUAUCCGCCACCUAUGCAGGUUUGUCCAAGAAAUGGAGAACAUGAACACGAAAGCUCGACUCCAAAAGAUCCGGCAAACACUCCAACUACAAAAGCGAUCAAACGCCCCGACGUGCUGCUGCAACAUUAAAUGCCCGAAGCCCAGAUGCACCACAAAAUGCCCAGAAUGCCCAAAGCCCAGUUGCACAGAAUGCCUGGAGUGCCCGAAGCCCAGCUGCACGAAAUGCUGCUUUUGGCCAAAAUGCCUCGAGUGCUCGAAGCCCAGCUGCACGAAAUGCUGUUGUUGGACAAAAUGCCUGGAGUGCUCGAAGCCUAGUUGCACGAAAUGUUGGUGUUGGCCAAGAUGCCCGAAAUGGAGGCUGAAAUGCCCGAAAUGGAAGCCAAAAUGCGGGUGUUUACAACCGAGCUGCAUAAAAUGCUCGUGUUGGUGGUCGAAAUGCUCGUGCAGGCAGCCAAAAUGCUGGUGUUGGUGAUAGGUAUGGGGUAUGGUGGGGGGUAUACAAACUUAGAAAGUUGUUGUAUAGAAGAUGAGCCCUUCAAUCUGUGCAGUAAUCUUAGAGAUUGCUAUGAUAAAUUAGACAAUAGGUUUCAAUUCCAACUUCAUAGUGUUAAAAUAUAAUGCUGCUGCUCAUUCAUCAAAA